AUGUGGGUGUGGAUGUUUGUCUCUGUACCUUUCUGUCAUGCUGAAGUUCCAGAGACAUUCUCUGUGCUGGUUCCUGAUGGUCCAGUUUCAGCCAAAUUGGGAUCCUCUGUGGUUUUGCCCUGUAGUCUCACUCCUUCCUUCAGUGCUGUGGAGCUGGAGGUGCUCUGGUACAGGCCCAAUAAACUCAACACCCCAAUUUUGGCACUCCCUGAACCUAAAGUCCAGGAAACCUCUUUAGACCCUCAGUACAGGGACAGAGUGUCUCUGAUAGGGAGUCUGGAGGAGGGGAAUGUGUCUCUGAAACUGGAGAACAUCACACUGUCAGACAGAGGAGAAUAUGUGUGUCAUGUCAGUAGUGUAACUUGGUAUGACAAGGGUACAACAUCACUCACAGUAAAUGUACUAGGCUCUGAACCAGUCCUCUCAUUCACUGAAACAGGACAGGGGAAUUUAAAUGUUACCUGUGUAUCAGAUGGUUGGUCACCACAGCCCACAGUAACCUGGAGAGAUAGAGAAGAGAAAGAGAUCAACAAGAAUGCUAAUGUGAUGUACAGUAAAGAUAGUGAGGAUCUGGUGAGUGUGAGUUCUUGGCUGCUCUUCUCUCCCUCUGAGUCAGAGUGGAUCUCCUGCUCUGUCAGUUUAUCUGAUCAGGAGAAGAGAGAGGGCAGGGUGCUGCCACUCAGAGAAGCAUGGAGAGCAUUUAUUGUCAUGCUGGUCAUCAGUCUGUUGGCCUUCAGUGUCUUAUUCAUCCUCUUCAUUUUAUACAAGAGGAAAGAGGAUCUCAGACUGGACAAAUCUUCAUGUCACAAAGAUCUGACUGUUAAAAAAGAUGGAAAGGAAGUGAGUUUCACAAAAGGGUGGUUUUCCCAGAAUCCUUCAGAACUCAUGGUUGAUGUUCUGUGUAAAGAGAACUUUAAGUCAGGCUGUCACUACUGGGAGGUGUUUGUGUUAGAUGCACAGAAAGCUCUUCCACCUGAACUGUCCUGGUAUGUCGAUCGGGGACCUCAGUUCACUGGCCAUGAGAUGGUGAACCUCUGUAAGACCUGGGGUGCAACACAGAAGUUCACCACGAGCUACCACCCCCAAGCCAACCUCACAGAAUGGUCCAACCACACCAUUAAAACCAUGGAGAGAUUGAUCGGUACACUGUCCUCAAAUCAGCAACCUCCAUAUAAACUCCUGGAGAGACAAAAAUGGCUGAACAAGUCAAAAAGAGAGUUGGUAUGUGUCAGGCUAGACAAACCAGGUAUUAUAACGCCCACAGGAAAAGUGCAGAACUCCUGCCGGGAGACCUGGGUCCGUACUUACCCACUCUCAAAAGCAUCUGACAGUUUCUCAUCCAAGCUUGCACCUAAGUGGUCGGGUCCAGCUACUGUGAUGAGAAAGCUAGCCUCAUCAACUACCAAGUACAGUGGGUCAACCAUAAUAAGAAAACUGACACCAUCAGUGUGGUCAACCUAA